AUGGUUGAUUCGAAUGGGAAGUCCGUGCCGGAAUCUGAAGAGGAUAGCAAUAGCCUAGAACGUAUACAACAGUUGCAGGAUGUGAUCAGAAGCUGUUUAGAAGACCUAAGCUACGACUCUGCUGAAUUUUACGGUGAAAUCAUGCAUGCAGAAUGCUCAAUACUGGAUAAAUCACAUUUCUACCUACCGUACUAUGAGUAUUAUUACUGCUUAGCGUUAUACUUGAAUGGGAAACACCUUGUUGCAAUGAAGGCUGCUGAGCCAUAUAUAGAAAGAAACCUGGCAACAUGCUUUGUGUUUGCCAAAUCUGCGCUGGCAUUGUCAAAACAUAUGGACAAGGCAAUUACAUCGCUACUCCGAUUCCUGAAGUCCAGUAAUGAAAUAGAAAUGGAAAGUUCUGAGAGAAGUCUUUUAAAAUUUGAUAUUAUCGAAGGAAAUGAGAAAGAAAACCGGAAUGAGCGGAUGCCAUUACCACAUGGUCCCACUGAGGCGACUGUACACUGUCUGUUGGGUAACUUGUAUUAUAAAAUAUCUAAAAUGGAUGAUAGUAAGGGACACUAUCAAAAGGCGUUGUCCUAUAACCCUUAUUUAUGGGAGGCCAUGGCACAACUGAAUAAAAUGGGUACUAGUGUUGAUCUUCCUAACCACUACAGAACUUUAGAAAAAAGAAAUAGAGAAUGGACAGAAUAUUAUAGAACCCCCCUCUUAGUAUACAAUACAGAAUCCGCUAUUAAUAACCCCCUAUCAUUAGGAAUUCCACCUGAUACUAUUACUUCUCACCAACAAUCAAAUUCAAAGCAUAGAGCCAAAUCAAGUUUUCAAAGUACUUCACGAGUAAAGAAAGCACGACCAUUCUCAUCAGGUUCAUCACUGUUGUUUACCCCUUUCAAAAGUACUAAUUCCCCUCCUGUGGUGAGAACUACAAACACUACCACAUCUGCAUUUAUUUCAACGACUUCUCCUAGUUCUAAUUCUGGUCCAGCCUCCCAAAAUUCUUUUAGUAGUGCUCAUAAGACACCAUCAUAUGCUGUUAAAGGAGUCAGCAGCGGGGGACCACUCUUUGCCAACUCGAACAACAAGAUCACGUAUAAAAGUAACCACUCUUCAGUCAAUUCGCAGGCGAAAUCAAAGACUAAAGGCAAAUUAUUUUCAACACCUCCAUCAAAACUUUUCUCAACUAAUGAAAACCAUAGAGAUACAUUAACUAAAACACCUCAAACAAUAAAAAGCUCUAACGAAUUUCAAGAUCUAACUUUUAGAGAGGAAGAUGAAAUUGAUGAAUCUCAAUUGGCCAUGAAAUUGUUAUCAAACAACGGCAAAGAAAUGAAGCUUUCCGAUCUGUCAUAUAUAUUUGGGUUGAUCGCAAAAUGCUGUUCGACGUAUGAUGCAUAUAAAGCAAUCCGUUUGUUCCACAAUUGUAUCCCUGACCACAUAGUAAAAAAUAUGCCCUGGUGUCUAGCCCAACUUGGUAAACUUCAUUACGAGAUUGUUAAUUAUGAAAUGGCAUCAAUAUACUUUAUGCAGCUUUUUGAACUACAACCUUAUAGGAUAUCGGACACUGAAAUAUUUUCUACGUUACUGUGGCAUUUACAAGAUUAUAAAAGGUUAGCUAGCCUUGUUGACUAUUUGCUAACUUACUAUCCUAAUAAACCCGAAACUUGGUGUUGUGUAGGUAAUUAUCUUUCUUUAAAGAAAGAUCAUGAAGAUGCAAUUGAAGCGUUUGAGAAAGCUACUAAGAUUGACCCAAAGUUUGCUUAUGCAUACACUUUACAAGGCCAUGAAUGCUCUUCCAACGACUCGUUUGAUGCCGCUAAAAAGUGCUUUAGGAAAGCAAUUGCGUGUGAUCCAAGACAUUACAAUGCAUAUUACGGUAUGGGUAUAUAUUCGAUGAAGCUAGGACAUUAUGAUGAAGCAUUAUUGUAUUUUGAAAAAGCCCGACAGAUAUACCCCAUAAAUGCUGUUUUAAUUUGCUGUUGUGGUGUUGCACUCGAAAAACUCGAAUACCAAGACAAGGCCCUUGAAUACUAUGAACUGGCAUGCACUCUUCAACCAAAUUCUAACCUUGCAAGGUUUAAGAGAGCCAAUCUGUUGUAUGCUAUGGGCCGCUAUAACUUAGCUCUCCAGAGCUUUGAAGAAUUGAGUAAAUUAACACCGGAGGAACCAACAGUGCACUUUGUGCUGGGACAGUUGUAUCAGAUAAUGGGUCGCAAAAAUGAAGCAAUACGAGAAUUCACCGUUGCGAUGAAUUUAGAUCCAAAGGGAAACCAGUUAAUUUUGGAUGCACUUGAAAAAUGCCAUAGGCAAGAAUGA